AUGGUUUCUCGCUUUUCCGUCCUUUUAAUAAUAUGUGUGACCCUAGGCACGUAUGUAACGCGUUGCGGGGGGGAUGGUCCAGCUGUUACCGAUGGGGGUGAGAAAUUCCACACAGUGAGUCCCUCCCAAGGAGGGAGCCCAGACUCAGGUGCUGGAGACCUAUCGUUGUCAGUCCCUGGACAGGCCUCCCAAAAUGCAAACUCCAAAUCCAAUGCCAUGGAAACCGCAUCUGAAGGUGCAGUAUCUAUGCAGGUUGCCGAUCCUUCAGAGGAGGACAUACAGGUAACAUCGGCCCUGUUGAAAAAUUAUAAUGGAAUCAAAAUUACGGGUUCCUGUAAGGCACACUUUAGAGUGUUUCUGGCGCCACAUCUAUGGAUUUAUGCGGCAGCGCCUGAGAAUAAAAUACAGUUGAGGCCGAACUUUGGACCGAUAACAUCAAUAGACUUAGGGAAUCUCAUCAAUGACUGCAAAAAGGGAGCCAACAGCAACUUCAAGUUCGUCGUGCAUACCCGUGAUAAUAUCUUGACGCUCAAGUGGAAGGUGACUGGGAAAGGGGAAUCUCCAGGAAACGAGGAAGAUGUGAAGAAGUACAAACUCCCUUCCCUGGAGAGGCCAUUCACCUCCAUACAGGUGCAUUCGGCCAAUGCCAAGUCCAAAAUUAUUGAGAGCAAAUUUUACGACCUUGGCAGCAGCAUGCCAGCCAAGUGUGAUCUCAUAGCCAUGAACUGCUUUCUCAAGGGGAGCCUUGAUAUAGAACAGUGCUACCACUGCACCCUGUUGGAGAAGAAGAUGAACGAAGAUAGUGAAUGCUUCAAGUACGUCUCCAUAGAAGCAAAGGAGUUUAUCAAGAAAGACACACCAAUUAAAGCUCAAGAGGAAGAUGCCAACUCUGCUGAACACAAGCUGAUAGAAUCCAUAGAAGUAAUACUAAAGGCAAUGUACAAAUCAGAUAAGGAUUACGAAAAGAAGGAACUCAUCAGCUUGGACCAAGUGGACACGAAUUUGAAGAAAGAGUUAUCCAACUAUUGUCAACUUAUGAAACAGGUGGAUACAAGUGGCACCCUUAAAAAUUACAAAUUAGCAAACGAAGUUGAAACGUAUAGAAAUUUAAAAAAAAUGCUACAAAUGCAUAAAGAGGAAAAUAUUAUUACUCUUCAGGAUAAAUUGAGGAACGCAGCAAUAUGUAUGAAGGAUAUAGACAAAUGGAUUAUUAAUAAGAGAGGGUUAACAUUACCUGAUGGUGUCACAUACAGUGAAGACAACACAAAGGAGUACCUAUCGGAAGAACUCCUCAAAGAAUUAGAGAAAGAAAAAAGUGUUUUUGAUGAUGAUGUAUUCGAUAAAGAUAAAAAUGGAGUAAUCGAUUUGAAUAAGGUUCCUAGCGAAAUGAAAUUUAAAUCUCCUUAUUUUAAAAAAAGUAAAUAUUGUAACAAUGAAUAUUGUGACAGAUGGAAAGAUAAAACGAGUUGUAUUUCGAACAUCGAAGUGGAAGAGCAAGGGGAUUGUGGACUGUGUUGGAUUUUUGCCUCCAAGUUACACUUAGAAACGAUCAGGUGUAUGAGAGGUUAUGGUCAUUUCCGUAGCUCCGCUUUAUUUGUAGCGAAUUGCUCGAAUAGAGAUCCAGGAGAAAGAUGCAGCGUGGGUUCUAAUCCAACAGAAUUCCUUCAAAUUGUUAAGGACACUGGAUUUUUACCACUAGAAUCUGAUCUCCCCUACAAAUACACGGACGCAAAGAAUUCCUGUCCCAUGAACAGAAACAAGUGGACUAACUUAUGGGGCAAUACCAAGUUGUUGUAUCACGUCAGACCCAAUUUGUUCCUCAAAACGCUUGGAUAUGUAUCGUACGAAAGCAAGUUCUUUCGAAAAAAUAUCGAUCUCUUCAUUGAUAUGCUGAAGAGAGAGAUUCAAAAUAAAGGCUCCGUAAUUAUCUAUAUAAAAACAGAAGACAAUAUAGACUACGACUUUAAUGGAAAAAUUGUGCACAGCUUAUGUGGACAUAAGGAUGCAGACCAUGCUGCUAACAUUGUUGGUUAUGGAAAUUACAUCAAUGUGAAUGGAGAAAAAAGUUCCUACUGGUUGAUUAGAAAUAGUUGGGGAUAUUACUGGGGUGAUGAAGGCAACUUUAAGGUGGACAUGUAUGGUCCACCAGGAUGUAAGUAUAAUUUCAUCCAUACAGCAGUUGUUUUUAAAAUAGAUUUGGGCAUCGUUGAAGUCCCCAAAAAGGCAGAGAAGCCCCCUCAUAAUUAUUUUGCAAAAUACGUUCCUAAUUUCUUGUACAACCUGUUCUUUGUUUGUUUCGACGGAGGUGCUGCUGAUGAUGAUGAUAUCGAGCUUGGCCAGAACGGUAAGGUGGGAGCAGCAGGGGGGGAGGAAAAUGCUGUAGUCGACGGUCAGGCGGUAGUCGCGGGGCAGACAGAAAAUACCUUGUCGGUGGCCUCUAAAAACGGGGCUCAACCCGAAACAAACGGUAGCGAAGUAAAUGCAGCAUCGGUUGGCAAGCCAAACAUUGCAUCCCCGAUGGGAUCACAAAUGAAUGCAAUUGCUCCACAAGUAGGCUCUGUUGCCUCCACCACAAAUGUGGCCCCACUUAAUGUAACGGUUAGGGAAGGCCAACAUGUGGGAGGUGCAGUCACACUCACCCCCGUGGACAAUUCAGGCGAGAAAAAAAUUCCCGUCACGCACAUUUUGAAAUAUGUGAAGGAGACCAAAAUGACAAAGACCCUGGUGAAUUACGACAGUUUGAGCGAAAUUGAAGAUUCGCAUAGUUGCGCCAGAACCUACGCCAAGGACGAGGUAGGGCAGGAGGAGUGUAUCCAAUUCUGCCUCAAAAACUGGUCCUCAUGUAAGGGGCACUACAACCCUGGUUACUGUUUAACUAAGAUGUACACGGGAAAUAACUGCAUUUUCUGCAGCGUGUAG